AUCAUUGUGCCUGCUUGCCUGUUGCUGGCGGAGAGUUGGACGGACCCACGCCACGUCGAUUCCAGUUGCUUUGGUUGGUUGGUUUUCCUGUUCCUUGUCUUCUUUCCCCCUUUCCCCUCCAAAUCUAAUAGCCAUUCGAUCCAACCGAUUCCUCAUCGCUGCUGCUGCCGCCACCCCUUAAUUAGCUCGCUCAUUCAUGGACCGUCGUCAUGAUCAAAUCGUCGCCGGCGUCAGUAGCACAUCUCUCGUCGGAGAAUUCGAUUCAUUGGUCUGUAUAUUGGCAUCCAUUAUUCCAUUUCCAUGCAGUUUGGGACGUGGUGCUGUGGCGGCGGGGCCGGGCCGACGUCAGCGCCUGCCUGCUGGCGGCCACCGUCUCCUCCUGGCUGCUCUUCUUCGGCUUCGGCUACACGCUGCUGUCCCUCGCCUCCAGCGUGCUCCUCCUCCUCCUCACCGUACUCUUCCUCUGGGCCAAGGCCGCACGCCUCCUCAACAGGCCGGAGCCACCUAUUCCGGAGAUGUUUGUUUCACAGCAGGUUGUUGAUGAAGUGGCAGCACUGCUGCAUUCUGGUCUCAACACGGUCUUCUCCGCCUUCCAUCAUAUAGCCCUCGGGAGGGACUCGGUUCUUUUUUACCAAGUCUUCCUUUGCUUAUGGAUCAUUUCUAUUGUUGGCAGUCUUACUGAUUUCACUACUUUCUGUUACACAAGUAUUGUCGUUGUUCUGACCAUCCCAGUACUGUACCAGAAAUACGAAAAAUGCAUUGACAGAUACAUGAGGUUUGCCUACAUGAACCUGCAGAUGUACGAGAUGGUGUACGAGAGACUUUCCAUGAAAUGCUUCAUCGUUGUGAGGGAUUGGGUCAUGGAGGUAUUGAAGGAUCCAUGACCUGGUUGGUUCUAUCUAUAAGAAUUUGAUUUGAAUCGGGCAGUGAUUGGGUUUUUGUUCUCUUUUGUUGAGCAUAGCAAACAGCGAACAGGGAGGGUAGACCCUAGAAUCUGAACAUAUAGUGGUUUUUUGGUUGGUGCUGAUGUUUGUUGGAUUGUUUAUUUGGAAUGGUGUGCUGGCGGCUUGUUUUAUUUGAACUGAUCUGAUCUGUUAACAGUUGAGUGUGAUGCAAGUGGCUGCAGCAAUGCACAGUGCAGUACCUCGGUUGGGAGGCAGCGUUUUGGAUUGGAUGUAGAGAAAAUAAAGGAAAUCAAGAAAUGUUAGAUCAAAUUGAUGUUCCUUGAGAUGCAUGUAACACGAUUGAUUUUGUACAGAAAGACAAAAUUCGGUGUAAACAUUUUGGCUAUCUCCCCGAUUCUAGAA